CCCCUGGUGCCCAUCGCCAAGGAGUCGCACCCGCUCUACAACCGUGUCCGCACGGGGCAGGUGCCCAACUGCGCCAUCCCCUGCUACCAGCCCUACUUCACGCAGGAUGAGAAGACCUUCGCCACCUUCUGGAUCGGCCUCUGGUCCAUCCUCUGCUUCCUCUCCACCUCCACCACCGUGGCCACCUUCCUCAUUGACAUGGAGCGCUUCAAGUACCCAGAGCGCCCCAUCAUCUUCCUCUCCGCCUGCUACCUCUUCGUCUCCAUGGGCUACAUCGUGCGGCUCGUGGCAGGACACGCCAGCGUGGCCUGCAACCCCGAGCACCACCAUGUGCACUACGAAACAACGGGCCCCGCGCUCUGCACCGUGGUCUUCCUCCUGCUCUACUUCUUCGGUAUGGCCAGCUCCAUCUGGUGGGUCAUUCUGUCCCUCACCUGGUUCCUGGCUGCCGGCAUGAAGUGGGGCAAUGAGGCCAUCGCUGGCUAUGCGCAGUACUUCCACCUGGCCGCCUGGCUCAUCCCCAGCGCCAAGUCCAUCGCUGUGCUGGCCCUCAGCUCUGUGGAUGGUGACCCGGUGGCUGGGGUUUGCUAUGUGGGCAACCAGAGCCUGGAGAACCUGCGGGGCUUUGUGCUGGCACCACUCGUGGUCUAUCUCUUCACCGGCAGCCUCUUCCUGCUGGCCGGCUUCGUCUCCCUGUUCCGCAUCCGCAGUGUGAUCAAACAGGGCGGCACCAAGACAGACAAGCUGGAAAAGCUCAUGAUCCGCAUCGGCAUCUUCACCGUGCUCUACACCGUGCCGGCCACCAUCGUCAUCGCCUGCUACAUCUACGAGCAGCACAACCGGGAAGCCUGGGAGCGGGCGCAGAACUGCUCUUGCCCGGGGGACCCCCAGCGCCCCAAGCCCGACUACGCCAUCUUCAUGCUCAAGUACUUCAUGUGCCUCGUGGUGGGCAUCACCUCAGGUGUGUGGAUCUGGUCCGGCAAGACGCUGGAGUCGUGGCGACGCUUCACGGCACGCUGCUGCCGGGGCAGGAAGCCCGUGGGCGCCUCCGUGUGCGGUGAGGCCAGCCCCGCGCUGGUCGGCGGGCCAGCGCCGGGAUGA